GGCGGCGGCGGCGGCUCGGCCCGAGGGGCCCGGGAGCUGCUGGAUCAUGGAGCCCCAGAAAAUCACACCAUCCUUCAAGCUUCAUCCGCCGGUGGUGGGCAAAGUGACUCAUCAUAGCAUUGAGCUGUACUGGGACCUGGAGAAGACCAUGAGGCGGCAAGGGCCGCAGGAUCAGUGGCUCAGGUUCUCCAUCGAAGAGGAAGACCCCAAAAUGCACACUUACGGUAUCAUUUAUACGGGAUACGCAACCAAGCAUGUGGUGGAAGGUCUGGAGCCCAGGACACCGUACAAGUUUCGACUGAAGGUCACCAGCCCCUCCGGAGAAUACCAGUACAGUCCCGUCAUCUCCGUAUCUACAACCCGAGAACCCAUAAGUAGUGAGCACUUUCAUCGAGCUGUCACUGUGAAUGAUGAAGACCUGCUGCUCCGAAUACUUGAAGGAGGCCACGUGAAGAUCGAUGUCCCCAAUAAGUUUGGCUUUACCGCCCUGAUGGUCGCGGCUCAGAAAGGAUACACCAGGCUUGUGAAAAUCCUCAUUUCCAAUGGCACAGAUGUGAAUCUGAAGAAUGGAAGCGGCAAGGACAGCCUGAUGCUGGCGUGCUACGAGGGACACCUGGACGUGGUGAAGUACCUGCGGCGGCACGGGGCUUCGUGGGAGGCCCGAGACCUGGGCGGCUGCACGGCGCUGCACUGGGCCGCGGACGGGGGCCACUGCCCCGUGGUCGAGUGGAUGAUCAAGGAGGGCUGCGAGGUGGACGUGGCGGACACGGGCUCGGGGUGGACCCCGCUGAUGAGGGUCUCCGCUGUGUCUGGAAGCCAGAAGGUGGCCUCGAUCCUCAUCGACGCCGGGGCCGACGUGAACGUGAGGGACAAAGACGGAAAGACGCCUCUCAUGGUGGCUGUAUUGAAUAAUCACGAGCAGUUGGUUCAGCUGCUUCUUGACAGAGGGGCCGAUCCAAGUGUCAAAAAUGAGUUUGGCAAGGGUGUGCUAGAGAUGGCGCGAGUUUUUGACAGAAAGAAUGUCCUCUCCUUAUUAGAAGAAAGGAAAAAGCUGGCAAGAAAGUCUACCAUCCACUGACCAGACCGUCAACCCGUCCAGCCAUCCAUACAAAACCAAGAGUGACUGUUGAAUUAGACGCAAGAAAUCCCGUCUCCCUGGGGGCCAUACAUUUAUUUAUUUAGUUGAAGAUUCACAGUGACUUUUAUGUAACAGACAACCGUUCCCACAUUGAAAUACA